ACGGCAGCAAUUAACUUGUAGUUUGUUCAGCAGAUCCCUGCUCUUCCUCCCGAAACAAGCAAAAAAUCAAGGGGAGAAAAAUGGGUGGAGAAGGAAAGGCCUAUACCUCGGCAGACGUUAGUCAACACAACAAUACUAAAGACUGCUGGCUUGUCAUUGGGGGCAAGGUAUACAAUGUAACAAAAUUCUUGGAGGACCAUCCCGGAGGUGAUGAAGUCUUGUUGUCUGCAACCGGCACGACAGAUGUUUUAUUUUUUCUACCUUUUUUGUAUAAUCUGAUGUCCAAAUUAUUGCGGAAAGGUGGAAAUAACAUUGGCAUGGUGUAUGGCUGGCAGGGAAUGAUGCAACCGAUGAUUUCGAGGAUGUUGGUCAUAGCAGCAGUGCUACAGCAAUGUUGGAUGAGUUUUACGUGGGUGACAUUGAUACAUCAACCGUCCCCACCAAGACAAAGUACACUCCUCCGAAGCAGCCUCACUAUGAUUAGGUUAAGACCACGGAAUUCGUUGUAAAGCUUCUCCAAUUCCUCGUUCCCUUCCUAAUCUUGGGAUUGGCCUUCGGCAUCCGCUUCUAUACCAGAUCUCCAGCUUAAGCACCAAGACCACAAGAGAUGGCUGGAAAAAGUUCUUCACAAUAAGGUUAUCUUAGAUUAAAUUUUUUGGGAAUGUGGCAUAUGUGCUUGCUUUGUCCAUCAACCAGUUCUC